AUGACAACUAAAGUUGAAAUUCGCAAUGAGCUGAGUGGUCUGAGUGAUUGCUGUAGAUGUACACUAUUUCCGUGCAAAUACUUUGGUUGCAUGCCGACGGACGUCAAGACGUUCGCGUUCGCGCAGACCCGCGUCUUGGUGCAGGAGGAGCUCGGCGCGUCGGCUACAGCCGCCACGGACCUCGAUCUCGGCUGCUACGUCUGGCCGUGUGCCAUCGCGCUCGCGACCUUCCUUGCGCAGCAGCCGCAGCUUGUUGCGUCCAAGGCGGUUGUCGAGCUUGGCGCUGGCACUGCCUUGCCAGGGCUUUUGGCUGCCAAGCUCGGCGCCGCCUCUGUGCGACUCACCGACAAGUGCAUGGCUGACUUGGCGCCGGCGACGCGCUCCAUCGCGCUCAACCAGCUCGACCCGGCCUGCAUCCACACGGCAACGCUCGCAUGGGGAGAUCCGGUCUCUCGCGACUGGGCCUGUGACGUGAUUCUCGCCGCCGACUGCUUUUACGAGCCGGACGACUUUGAGGACGCCGUCGCCACCAUCGCUCGCCUCAUCGCGCUCAACCCCAUGUGCUGCGUGGCGUACGUGGCAUACCAGCUCCGAAGUGUGCUCCACACGCUGCAGCCGUACUUGGCGCGCUGGCGUCUCGAGGCGACACUGCUCGCCAGCGCGACGCCCGAGCUCGAAAACGUCUAUUUGAUUCGCAUUGCAAGGGCUACCGUAAGCGCUUGA